UCUUUCUUCUUUUUUUCGUAUUUAAUAAAGACGCAUUUCAAUAAUGAGUUUACAAUUUAUAUCCUUCGUUGAAAAACCAAAAGCACAUAAAUCACAAAUAUGGUCGGUUCGUUGGUCACCAAGUGGUAAUGUGGUCGCUUCUGGAGGUUUGGAUAAUGAGAUUAAAAUCUGGGAAGCGCAAUCUGGAGAACAUUAUCGUACUCUCGAGGGUCAUAUAUUAGCUGUUACCGGUUUAGAUAUAAAUCCAACAGGUAAAGUCCUCAUAUCAAUUUCGUUCGAUAAUACUAUUAAAAGGUGGGACAUAUUAGAAGGCAACCUGAUAAACGACAUAGAGACCAAGCCAGGAGAAGUUUGUUGUGGUCAAUAUAAUAAAGAUGGAAAUUACUUUGCUACUGCUUCACAGCAUGGAACUAUUGAUCUCAGAAAAGAUUCUAAUCUAGAAGAAAUCGUUGCAACUUAUACAUCCGAGGGAAAAUAUGGACUAUGUUGCCGCUUUAGUCCUGAUAAUAAGAUUUUGGCACUUGGUACUGAUAACGACAAAAUUUAUUUGUUUGACGUGGAAAGUGCAAAAGUUCUUCACAAAUUGACUGGACAUUCGGGAAAUCCUAUACGUUGUUUGGAUUUUACUCCAGAUGGAAAACAUCUAAUUUCUGGUUCUGAUGACGAGACCAUCAACAUUUAUGAUGUAAAACAUGGUAAUCAAAUAUCAAAAUGUACUGGACAUGAAGGAUACGUUAUGUGUGUUGCGGCUGCUAGUGAUAAUAAACAUUUCGUAAGCGGGUCAACUGAUUGUAAAAUUAAAUUAUGGCAACUUCCUGAAAAGAAUGAGAAAACACAAGUUGUAGAUACCAUUGAAGAACAUAAAGAAACGGUUUCUUGCAUAUCUUGGAGUCCUGAUGGUGAUAAAUUUGUAGUUGGUACUGAUAAUUUAUUAUUAAAAUGGUAUUGCGUUGCUAAAUAAAGGCAAGUAUAUUAUAAAUCUCUUUUUAUAAUAAUUGAUUAGGUUAUAUUUAUAUUAUGUAAAUUAUAAAGUGUAAAAAAAAGCGAUAAAACACUAAUGCUAGAUAUAAUUAAUAUAAUAAAUGUUAUAUAAUAUUACUAAAUAGCCCAUACCACACCCCAAGGCACCACGAAUAAUGAUGAUAAAAUUAAAAUAUUUGAACCUAUGUAUAUUGAUUGUAUUAUAAUAGCUCUAUCAUAUUAAGUUCUAAUACCAAUUAUAAAGAAAAUAAUAGAUAAGUGCAAAAUUCAUUCUUUCAAUAAAAUUUUGGCGAUUAUUG